AUGGGGAACGCGCACUCCAAGAGCAGCGGCGGCGACAGGCGCAGGGCGCUCCCCGGCCGCCCCGAGCUGUCUUUCUACGGCUCUUUCCCCAGGAAGUGGAACGAGAACGUGUUCUUGGAUAACGAGCUGUUGACCUCCAAGAUCCUGUCGGUGCUGCGGCCCCAGGCGGAGCGGGGCUUCCGCGCCGGCGACCUGCGCUGCCCUGCCCACUUCCUGAGCACCAACUCGGUCUUUGCCUCUGUCGCAGCCUCGCUGAAGGAGCACCCUCCGGGCAACCUCCUGUCCGAGGGCAGGAAUGUCGGCAUGACGGUCGCGCAGAGAGGGGGUCCCCAGCCAACACCGGGCCCAGCUGGAACGGGGCCUCGCGUCGGACCAGGCACAGGAGAGAUGGAUGAGGCCGACUCUGCGUUUUUAAAACUGAAGCAGGCAGCCGACGACUCUGUCUCACUCACGUCCUCCAACGCCGAGUCUGUUUUUGUAGAAGACCCCUGCACCACCUCGCUGAGGAGUGAGAUCGAAUCCGACACCCACGAGUUUGAGGCUGAGUCCUGGAGCCUUGCCGUGGACUCGGCGUACGCCAGGAAGCAAAAGAGAGAGGUGGUGAAAAGACAGGACGUCCUGUACGAGCUGAUGCAGACGGAGGCGCACCAUGUACGCACGCUCAAGAUCAUGUUGAAGGUGUACUCCAGGGCCCUGCAGGAGGAGCUGCAGUUCAGCGGCAAGGCCGUCAGCCGCCUCUUCCCGUGCGCCGACGACCUGCUGCACCUGCACAGCCACUUCCUCGCCCGCCUCAAGGAGCGCCGCCAGGAGGCGCUGGAGGAGGGCAGCGAGCGGAAUUACAUCAUCCAGAAAAUCGGGGACCUCCUGGUGCAGCAGUUUUCAGGUGAGAACGGGGAGAAGAUGAGAGAGAAGUACGGUGUGUUCUGCAGCGGCCACAACGAGGCGGUGAGCCACUAUAAGCUGCUGCUGCAGCAGAACAAGAAGUUCCAGAACUUGAUCAAGAAAAUCGGCAACUUCUCCAUCGUGCGGCGGCUGGGUGUGCAGGAGUGCAUCCUGCUGGUGACCCAGCGCAUCACCAAGUACCCGGUGCUGGUGGAGCGCAUCCUUCAGAACACGGAAGCCGGCACUGAGGACCACGAAGACCUGACCCAGGCCCUGAACCUCAUCAGAGACAUCAUCUCGCAAGUGGACGCCACCGUGAGUGAGUGUGAGAAGGGCCAGCGCCUCAGGGAGAUUGCGGGCAGGAUGGAUCUCAAGUCCUCCAGCAAACUCAAGAAUGGGCUGGCCUUCCGCAAGGAGGAUAUGCUGCGGCGGCAGCUCCAGCUGGAGGGCAUGCUGUGCUGGAAGACGGCGUCCGGGCGCCUGAAAGACGUGCUCGCUGUGCUGCUGACCGACGUGCUUCUGCUGCUCCAAGAGAAGGAUCAGAAAUACGUCUUUGCUUCCGUGGACUCAAAGCCCCCGGUCAUCUCCUUACAAAAGCUCAUCGUGAGGGAAGUGGCCAAUGAGGAGAAAGCCAUGUUUCUGAUCAGCGCCUCCCUGCAAGGGCCUGAGAUGUAUGAGAUCUACACCGGCUCCAAAGAGGACAGGAACGCCUGGAUGGCCCACAUCCGCAGGGCCGUCGAGAGCUGUCCUGACGAGGAGGAGGGGCCCUUCAGUGAGGCUGAGGAGGACAGGAAGGCGCUGGAGGCCCGCGCUGGGAGACUCAGGGACUUCCAAGAGCGCCUGAGCCUGCAGGACCAGCUAAUCUCCCAGAGCCUGGCGGAGAAGCAGCACAUCUACCUGGAGAUGGCCGAGCUGGCCGGCCUGGAAGACACCACUGCCCGCUCCAGGGCCCUCUGUCGUGGCGGGGACCCCUCCGAGACCCUGCAAGGGGAGCAGAUCCUGAGGUCCGCCAUGACUGAGAUCGAGGGCAUCCAGAGCCUGAUCUGUGGGCGACUGGGCGGCGCCAUCAGCCAGACGGAGGACGGAGGCAGCUCUGCGCCCCGCAGGGCCGAGACCUUCGGGGGCUACGACAGCACGAGCAGCCCCAGCAAGAAUGGCAGCUUUAAGAAGAAGGAUAAUGACCCCAGGCCACGAGACUGGCGAGGCCCCAUGAGCAUCCCAGACCCAAAGCUGUGUGAUGGCGAGGCCCUGGGGGGCUCCGAGGACUCCCCGCAGGUGGUGGAGGCGCCGGGCACAGAGGCUGGCCCCAGACUGCCCAUCACCCUGGAGGCAGAGCUUGUCCAGCGCGUCCAGACGCUGUCCCAGCUGCUCCUCAGCCUCCAGGCGGUCAUCGCGCAGCAAGACAGCUACGUCGAGAUGCAGCGGGCGGCCAUCCAGGAGCGCGAGCAGCAGUUCCGGCUGCAGUCGACGCGCGGGAACAUGCUGCUGGAGCAGGAGCGGCAGCGCAACUUCGAGAAGCAGCGGGAGGAGCGGGCGGGCGUGGAGAGGCUGCAGAAUCAGCUGCGGCAGGAGCAGCAGCGCUGGGAGCGCGAGCGCGAGCGCCAGCGGCAGGAGCUGGAGCGGGCGGGCGCGCGGCUGCAGGAGCGCGAGGACGAGGCGCGGCAGCUGCGCGAGCGGCUGGAGCAGGAGCGCGCCGAGCUGGAGCGCCAGCGCCAGGCCUACCAGCACGACCUGGAGCGCCUGCGCGAGGCCCAGCGCGCGGUGGAGCGCGAGCGGGAGCGCCUGGAGCUGCUGCGCAGACUCAAGAAGCAGAACACGGUUCCUGGGGCGCUGCCGCCCGAGGCGCUGGUGGAGGCCCAGCCUCCCAGCUUCAACGGGGAAGGGCUGGAGGCGCCUGGGGCCCUGGCCAAAGCCGUGGGGCCCCGGGUCAGCAUGCUGAUGCCAGGCGCCGGGCCUGAGUACGUGGAGCGGCCUGAGGUGGCUCGCAGGGACAGCGCCCCAGCCGAGAGCCGGCCAGCCAAGAGCGACGUGCCCAUCCAGCUGCUCAGCGCCACCAACCAGAUCCAGAGGCAGACGGCCGUGCAGCAGCAGAUCCCCACCAAGCUGGCCGCCUCCACCAAGGGCAGCAAGGACAAGAGCAAGAGCAGGGGCUCCCAGCGCUGGGAGAGCACAGCCUCCUUCGACCUGAAGCAGCAGCUGCUUCUCAGCAAGUUCAUGGGCAAGGAGGAGAGCAGCGCACGGAGCCGCCGCUCCCUCAGCCCCCUCCUGCUCGGCAGCCAGGGCUCCGCGUCCCCCACAGACUCCAGCUUCCAGGCCCCGAGCCCGACCCUGGCCGACGUGACCCCCGAGGGCUUCUCGCCAAAGGCAGGGGGCCCAUCCUUCCCAGUCCCCUCGCCACUGCCGGCCACGCCACUCAGCGCCAAGGAGGAAGCCAGCAAGGAAGACGUCAUUUUCUUCUGAAGAGUGUGGCGUGACGUGUACGCCCCUCUCCCUGCCCCAUUCCUCUGUGCCCUCGGGGGACCUCCGAGGGGUGGCCUGCCCACCUAGCUGCCCCUCCCCUCCCAAGUUCGCCCUGGACGACCAGCUGGCCGAGUUGGCUGUUGGUGCUCCGAUCGCAUGCCCUGGCAACUUUCUCCACCUAGGUUUCUUUUUUUAUAAAAAGGAAAGUUUUUAAUCGAAAGUUGGACCUGAGCUAAGCCAAGAAGCUGCUUUCAGCCAUAGCACCCCCCUUCAGGUGGGGGAGAGGUGGAGCCCAGGCUGUGUGUCCACGCAGCGAGGGACAGUGCGUGUUCCACAAGGCACCGGAGGGCAGGCCAGACCUCAGCCUGGAGAGCUGCUGGCCGCAGCAUGGCUUCACGGCCACCAGGAGCCGCUGGAGCCAAUCACCAGGGCACCACAUGGGGCUGGUGGCAUUGGCAGUGUCUGUCCUCGGUCGGAGAGAAUCCCCUUCUAGGCCAGACACCCACACAGGUUCACGGAGAACCUCGGCACGGAUGGGACACCACCUGCCCGGGGGACAAGAACCAGGGGCGCAUCUGGAGCUGUGGUGGGCAGACCUCAUGCUUCACCCAGAGCCACCACCCUGGGGAAGAGCGUCCUGCACCCCCAUGGACUGAGCAGGUCUUCCCGGGGCUGCUGGGAGAAAGCCCCUAGUGCCAGGGUGUGGGGAGGAAGCACCUUGAGACGAUGGCCUGACUCCCCUGAAGGAGCUGGGUAGUGGUCCCAGACUGGUCGGAUCCAGGGCAGAGCAGGGGGCAACAGGCAUUGGCAAGAGGGUCCUGGACUGGCCAUACUCAUGGCCCCUGGCAGGGCCAGGCUGCUGAACCCAGCAGCUGGGGACCUCAGGCCUUCUCCCAGCAUCCCCUGCCUCCUGUGUUGCCCUACAGGGAUGUUCCCGCCAGCUGGGGCCAGGCGAGCACAGGGGCAAAGUGCUCACCUGAGCAUCUGACCCAGUAGCCAUGACACCUGAUGGGUGCUGCAGGCCUAGGACGGAUGGCCAGGUGCGGGUGCUGGCCUUGGUGGCAGCACGGUUAGUGACAGGUGCUGAACGCAGCAGUUCUCAAUGUCCUGAGGCCAGCAAGUGGCGUCCCCAUCCCGGGUCCUUUCCCAUUGCCAGCACGCUCCAUCCGGUGCCCUGGGCAUCCCCACCGGCCCGCAGACCCUGUCCGUGCCAUGUUUGUAAUCAGUGUUUUGUAUUUUUGUACUGAGAAGUAUUGGAGCACUUUAGAAAAGCUGACUUAGGAGUUCCCACCCCCUCCCCCAGGCUCGGCUCCGCCAUGCGUGGUCCAGCAGCACCGCGCACCCCUCUUCUGUCGCCAGCACCCCUCAGUCAAUCUGGGGGUGCCCCAUGUCGGUAACAUCAACAGCCGAGCCAGUGUGCAUAUCCCCGUCAGCUGUGGCCCUGACCGUAGUGGGCCUGAUCCUUCCGUCUCCUCCCCAUGGGCUGUCUGGGAGUCACCUUAGAGCUUCAGACCCGAUUCUAGCAAUAAAGGUGUCUCAGUGGA